AUGGGUUUUCGACUUAUGCUUUUAAUGGCGAUGGGCUUGGGAGCCAUGUAUAUGUUACAUUUAUUAGCACAAGACUGGAAUAAAAUUCGUCGUCCUUUACCGGCGGGGGCAACACGUUUGCUUACUAGUGCCAGUCGAAAUCUUGAUAAGUACAUUACUCGUGGUAAACGUGAUCUCAGAGCCAAUCAAGUGCAUUCGCAUCGAUUAGAUGAGAAAAUAAUUGCCAAAAAUUCAUCAUCCGAUAAUUCGUUUAUAGAUUGGAAACGUAUCUUAUCACGGGACCCUUUCGAAUGUUUAGAGUCACUUAUAUGUCAGCUGGUAGCCGGAGCUGAACAAUCAUCCCAGGAUGCUGUGAUGUUGUAUGAUUUUUUAGAAGAAAACUUGCUAAUGGCACCAGCGAAAGUUGGCCUUGCAUAUGGUAGAGGUUUAGCGUUGCGUGAUUCACCUGAACGCUGUUACAAUGCAUAUCCUUUUUGCUGGUAUUCAGCGAGAACAAUGUUAAAUUUAUUACGAUGGUUGGCUGAUACUGUGCACACAAAUGAAACUCAGCAGUAAUGACAAGCGUAGCGAUCGAAAGUGUAGAUCCAGAUAUAAUUAAUAA